AUGUGUACUGUGCCGGCUCAGCCGUAUUCCAUUGAAUUUGUACAUACUUCUCUCAAUCAAAGUGUCCGUCCACUGGUUGCUGGAUAUUUUAUCAUAAAUUGCACGGUGAACUCUUCCGAAUUUCAGUGGCGUUUUGCUGUUCAGUCGCCAGUCGGGUUCAUUCCUGGACCUGGUUGGUCCAUUCCUUCUGAACAAGAUCCUCCGCAAAUGGUCACCUUCUCUUACAAAGUGCAGCCCGUUCAAGCAUCGACAGUGAUUGAUUUCAGGCAGACCACGCCGUUCAGUGCUACAGUAACUGUUCGGUAUGUUAGAGGGCAUCAUCUGGGUGAUUGGCGCUGCGUCGCCAGGUCAACAGGAAAUGUAUACCCGAGUCCCAGCGUUGUGCAUGUUUCACCAGUCAGCCAAGUUCAUGAUUUAUACAUUACUUCUCUCGUCUUUGGAUUCAUCAUAAUGGCAAUCGUCCUGUUACUCGGUAUACUCAUAGGAUCUGUACGCUAUCUGAAGGAAACCAAGUGUUUCACAAAGCCCCGGAUGCACAAGUACACCAGUCGCACCCUCAUUGGCAUUAUCCCGGUGCCGGGUCCUGAAAAAAAGUUCUCAGUUUCGUUCGAUGGCAUACGAUUAAAUCAGCGCAUUUGUCCACCUUGCCUCCUGCAAACGCGCUUCUUCUGUGCGCAUUGCCAGACUGUUCAUUUCUUUACUGAGAUUGAAGUCGAGCCAUCACCCACUCCUAAUGUCCUCCUGACUGAUAUUGAAGAACAGCCUAUACCGAAUGGGACAUCGAGCAAGCCACUCCAGAAGAAGUUAAACGUUAGCGAAGUGUACGCAACAUCACCUGGACCGUACCUUGACCCGCUUUUAACUCAGGAAACUUCUCAGCAAACUACCGAAACUGCCGGUCCCAGUCGUUCUCCUGACAAUGCCGAGUCAAAUGGCGUAACUGUUGGCUUCGAUAGUUUUGCGGCAGAAAUUCAGGACACGUUAAUGGCUUCUUGUCAGGGCGACAACAAUAACUACCCAGCAGAGGCCAAUGUCAGAUGCUCAUAUGAUUUCCCCACAGAAUACUGCCACUGCUGUCAUCAAGCUCACAAUUUCACGACUGCAGAGGAAGAGACGGAAGAAAAAUCUAUGCGUGACGUAAAACUCAUUGUGUCUGACGAGAAAUUGGCCCAGGAAUACACUGAAGCACUACAGGAACUUAAAGACGCGGCAAUCGCAAACGAUGCUCUCACUUUCCGUGAACGGCUCGAGGACUUUCGCGAAAAGCUUCGUCAUGAUGUGGGCACUGGAGUACGUGUUGCACGCAGUGAACUAUAUACAUUGCGCACGAGGUCAGCCAAAAGUGUAGCUUUUCUGCGAAAUCAAAGCACUGCAGCCGCCCAGAGGGUAAAGGCUGGUCUUUCUCAGGUAAAGGAUGGAAUGCGAAGCGUGGCCGAACUUUGCGGCGUUGGAGGAACCAUUGGACAAUCAAUUUCUGUCAUAAGCAUUUCGAAGGACGACGACACUCAAACUUCGAGGGAACGUUGUUUUUCAGAGUUUCAUUUCUAG